CUCGACAUAGAGAUCAGAGCACUCCCACUUCACUUCUCUCAUUCACGGCCCAUACAAUCACCAUGGCGAGCAAAAGCAUUUGUACAAGCUGCUUACGGGCACUUCGCCACCAGCCCAGAGUUCAGCCAACGCGAAGAAUAGCAGUUCAACGCGCCUUCACAAGCGCAGCGACACGCAGCGAAGAGAAGAAACAGCCUUAUGCAUCACAACCCAUCCAACCACCUCCCCCGCAAGAUUGGGACGCCCAUACUCCCUCCACCGAUCAAAAUCCGAUCACCAACUUCGCGGCAACACUCCGCUCCAACUCCGCCCUCCGCAGCACAACAGAACCCUACAUUGCCUAUGGCUCAACCGAAGACCUCUUCACCGAGUGCGCCCGACAAUGCAACUACACGAUCCCAUCUGCACUUGAAACCCCACCCGAGAACCCGCCUCAGAACGCCGCGGGCGACCACUUAGGCUCAGGAACAGGAUGGUGGCUCGAACCCAAGUCAGAAGGCGGCUUGGGGCUAGAGGUGACAUUCAACAGCUGGGCACAAGUCCUCUUCAUCCACAUGUGGCUACUAACAGUCCGCCUCCGUUGUUUCCCAGAGAAAUACGUCAAAGACUGGCAUCAGAAUCUCCUCGAUCACUUCUUCUACGCUGCGGAAGAUCGCAUGGCGACGUGGCAUGGCAUGGCAGCGAGAGGAGUACGGAAUAAGAAUUUGAAGGACCUGUGGACGCAGUGGAGAGGUGUGCAGCUUGCGUAUGAUGAGGGGUUGAUCAAAGGUGACGCGGUCAUGGCGACUGCUGUGUGGAGGAACGUGUUCAAGACGGAUCCAAACGUGGAUAUGAAAGAUCUGGGAAUGGUGACGGCGUACAUUUACAGGGAGCUGCAGCGGUUGGGGAAGCUGGACGAUGUGACUGUGACAGAAGGAAAAGUGAAGUUCGGGAAUCCGAAGACGAUUGUGGAGCAGACGAGUCUGAGGAAGGAGGCUAUGCUGAAGCAAGCUGCGCAGAAGGCUGAGAGAGUGGAGAAUGCAGGUAUGCCGCCGGAGCAUCAACCUUCGUAGGCAUACAGGAGUUGUACUGUGAGAAGGCAAUUGGAAUGGGAGAAAGUCGUGUACAAGAUUCUGAAGACAGCAACAUACUUGCUAAACCGCUAUUGUAGCAAUCGACCCGAAGGAUCAAGUCAUACCAACCUAGACUAUUUUCUCUCCAUUAGCACGCAGCAGCUCAUCGCCUCUCGUCUCUCGCCAAGAACGGCACGCGGAGAGGUACUGAAUCAGAGUAACAACUAGUAACCCUCCCAAUUCCGACCCCAGUACAUAGAAUCCGUGUACAGCAUCGUUAUCUCCUCAGCAAGCAACUUCAAUCCGCCUCACAUCCGGAGCCAGCAAGGCGCACAGAGAAGUGCUCGGGCUGAGUAGCGACAAAUCCUGAUUAGGAUGCUGACAUGUCAGCUCCUGGCGAGGUGCGGCCUCUCUAGAACUUGGGAUUGCGGAUCUGGUUGUGUGUCUCGCCGUGUCGCGGCUCAGGCAUUGGGUAGUCGUCCGCGAGUUGUUGGAGCUGCUCUUUUGCAGCGAUGUGGUCGUCUGCGCAGUCCAGACGCACGAGCCCAAAUUUUACACCGAUUGAGUCUGCUGGUUGACCUUCGGCGCCGCCAACUACCUCCUGCUCAGACCCGUGACUCACUCCUGAAGGUGGCAAGGUGGUGGUGCACUUCCAUCGCGAUUCAAGAGCGAGUUCUGGCAAGCGCCUAAGGCAGUGUCUGGGCACGAGAUAGGCCGCCAGAAUGUUCCUGGCUUUGAGUCACGCCGGUGAUGAUGUAGCGAUACGUUCUUAGACCGUGACAACAGCCCUCUCCAUAGAUCCUUCUGGCUCGAUUUAUCCAACCUGUCCGGCUUUGAUAUCACUCACGAAACGGAGCUCAUGUGCAUUGUGGUAUGCGUAUCGCAUAAUCCUUCCUGAAAGAUUUCUUCUCCCAUCCCACCAUUUGAACAGAAGACCUUUGCACUCCAUAUCCAGCAGACGACUCGUUGCCGGCCGUCGGAAGGCAUGGCGGCGCGCAG